AUGGACGUAUCAACCGGUGCCACCACCGAAGAUGCCGGGAGGGUGGAGCCUUUGGUUCCGCUCGCCCCGAAGAAGAAGGACACUACCUCCUCUCCCCCCAAGACCAUGCCGGAGCCUUCCGCUCCGGCAACCUCUACUCCGGCAAAGGACGCAUCAGAAGCUCCUGCGCCUCCCAAGACUGCAGCAAAGCCUCCACCGGCUGCUUCUGCCGGCGAACCUGCCGCCGCCAAGCCAACUCCGCCGCCAAGCCAAGAUCCCGCGGCGGCCAAGCCUAUAGCUCCAGAGGGCAUCAAGCUCUCCAAGCAAGAAGCUACCGCGGUGGCCACCGCAGCCAGCUCCUUCUCCUCUGGCCCGCAGUCUCUCAUGCUGCACUCUGGCCGUGCUGCUAUCGUGGCCGGGGAAACGGCUUCAGCUCAGCUGGGCCGGAUCACUGAGCUUACCCGCGGAGGACCCGACCUGGGGCAUCUCCUUGAUUACGCUGAGAAGUGGAAUCAAGCGGAUGUGUCCCCAGUGACGCGCGGCCUGGGGAAGGACAAGCUGCCGCUGGUCGAUCCUGCUAGCCCCCGGAGCACCGGACAUCACUUCAGCCGGCUGCGGCGCGCGGUCAAAGAAUUAUUUGUUCCGGAAGCCUCCAUCGAUGCCCUCAAAGCUCAGCUCUCCACUCUUCAAGCUGAAAAGGAGCAGCUUGCCGCGGAACACCACAAGGUUAAGAACCUUGUAGGUGAGCUGAAGGAAAAGCUGGUGCAGGCUGAGCUCCGGCAUGACAAGGAGCGGAAGGAGGCCAAGGCCGCAGCCGAGGCCAAGCUGGAUGAGACCCUGAAGGAGUGCGCUGAUUCCACCGCGGUGCUGCGGGCUGAGCUGGAGGUGGAGAGCGGAGCGCGGAAAGCGGCCCAAGACUGGAUCGCCCUCCUAGAGGCGGAGCAAAAGGAGUACGACCGGUUGGUUCUGCAAACUGACGCGCUUGCCCUCCGGCUCUUUCCGGACUCCCAGGCGCAUGCCCACAACAAGGUGGCGGAACGCAGGGCGGAACAAGAAAUGGCCAACCCGGAUGCGCCCUGGGAUCCAUAUGACCAUUUGGUUGCGCUCUCCGCCCGGGUCCAGCACAUGCGCUCCGUGGAUCGGCAUCUUGCUGAUCUUCCGGACAUUGCUAUCCAAAUCUGCAAAGUGCUGUGGCCUGGGGAGCCGGUGCCUGCCAACGUCACGCUCACCGCCAACCGCCUGAAGGAUGCCGGCCGGAGGAUCCGUGAAUGGAACCUCCACGCCGAUGCUCCUACCGACACAGAUCCGGUCCGCACCGCCAAGCGCCAAGACCGCGCCUACCGGAUAGCGGAGUUCGCCCACGUGCACACCUUCAUCCCUCCUCCUCCCGACAUCAAGGAUGCACUCUCCGACGACGAAGAGGAAGUCGAGGACGAGGAGGAUGAAGAAGCUGGCGGAGGCGACAUUCUCCCGGAAGGAGGCGACGUUCCCCCGGAAGCUCCUGAGGCCGGCCCGCAGCCCCCUGUUGCUUAA